AUGGCUGAAAGUUUAAUCGUCCGAGCAUCACUCUGUUCCAAUUGGAAAUUAUUUAGAACUGUUCAAUCAAGACCGACUGCACGAAUAUCUUUAAAUUCAGCAGAAUUUAUAUUAGGUGAGAAAUUGAAUUUUAUCAUUAAAGAAGAUAUGAGUCGUGUAUGCAUAGUAUUGAAUGUUAUAGCUCGAUCUGGUAGUAAACUGCAUGAAGGUACUACUCUUAUUGGUCGUUGUGUAACUGGUCCACCGGAUUUAGCAUGUGGUGAUGGUUUAUCGCAUUGGACAUCGACUUGUACUAGACAAGGAAUGAUACGACGUACACAUAUUCUCACAUAAAUAUGGAUUAUACAAUCUGUUUGUUUGUUCUUAUACACUACGCGAAUUUGUACAUUCCACUUUUGGUUGUUUCACGUUGUUGUUAUUGUUGUGUAUCCCUAAAAUGGAAAUAUUUAAAU